GGCGGCGGCACAUGUGGGGCGGCCGCUGAGCGGAGCCGCGUCCCGGUGUGGGGCUCCCGCUCGCCGGCAGCGGGGCUGGGGACGGUGCCGGCGGCUUGGGAAGGGGCAGCGGUGAGGGGUCGAGCCCUGAUCCCGGGCAUGGCGGAGUCCCUGAGCCCCUGCUCCCCACGGGGCCAGUGCCAGCCCAGCAUGGGCGCCAAUACCUCGUCUGCCAACGUGGACGCCAACGCCUCCUCCUCGGUGGUGGGCGGCAGCGCGUGGAGGGGCCGGGAGCCCUUCUCCGUCUUCACCGUCCUCAUCCUCACCCUGCUGGUGCUCCUGACCGUGGCCACCUUCCUCUGGAACCUGCUGGUGCUGGCGACCAUCCUGCGAGUGAAGGCCUUCCACCGGGUGCCCCACAACCUGGUGGCCUCCACGGCGGUGUCGGACGUGCUGGUGGCGGCCCUGGUGAUGCCGCUGAGCCUGGUGAAGGAGCUGUCGGCCGGGCGGCGGUGGCGGCUGGGCCGGGAGCUGUGCCUCGUGUGGGUGUGCUUCGACAUGCUGUGCUGCACGGCCAGCAUCUGGAACGUGACGGCCAUCGCCCUGGACCGCUACUGGUCCGUCACCCGGCAGCUGCAGUACACGCUGCUCGCCCGCCGCCGCAUCUCCAACGUGAUGAUCGCUCUCACCUGGCUGCUGUCCGCCGCCAUCUCCCUCGCCCCGCUGCUGGGCUGGGCCGAGACCUACAGCCCCGAGCAGGAGCGCUGCCAGCUCCGCCAGGAGCCGUCCUACACCAUCGUCUCCACGGGCGGCGCCUUCUACCUGCCCCUCUGCGUGGUGCUCUUCGUCUACUGGAAGAUCUACAAGGCGUCCAAGUUGCACAUGGGGGCCCGCAGGAGGAACGCCGUGCUGCCCCUGCCCGAGGCUGCCCAGGUGAAGGAAGCUUCGCUGGAACCACAGAUGGUGUUUACAGCUCGUCGUGCAGCUAUCACUUUCCAGACAGAUGGAGAAACAUGGAGAGAACAGAAAGAGAAAAAAGCAGCUCUGAUGGUUGGCAUCUUAAUUGGAGUUUUUGUACUGUGCUGGAUCCCUUUCUUCAUCACAGAAUUAAUAAGUCCCCUCUGUUCCUGUAACAUCCCGCCCAUCUGGAAAAGCAUCUUUCUUUGGCUUGGCUACUCAAAUUCUUUCUUUAAUCCUCUCAUUUAUACAGCAUUUAACAAAAAUUACAACAAUGCCUUCAAGAACCUUUUUGUAAAGCAAAGAUAAAAGGGGACGCAGAGGAGAUUAUUGCAUAAUAGAGAGAUUUCUUGAGGGAAACAUGCCUGUGAUAUGAACAGUUGCCAUGCACAAGAGCUAUUGAGGGGAUUUAGGAGCAAUGAAAAAGAA